GAAAAAGAACGAAGUGAUUGAAGUAAACAAAAACAGCGGAAUUUCGCGCUGAAUUUUACAUUUCGACUUUUUCCCUAAAAUAUCCUUCAAACACAACGAAAAAAAUGAGUGCGAAUACUAACAAAAUCUUUAUUCAGGUGGAAUCUGAUGAGGUGCAGCAGGAAAAUCUCAAAAACAGCCGCCGUACUUUCAAAGUCCUCCAGAAGAAUGCCAAAGACAAGGAGAAUCUUGUGGGGCGCCCUAUUGUCCCGUCCGGAAAGGAGGGACUUGCAAAACAAAAGGCGGACUUUGAUGAGGAUAAAGUUGCCCAGAAGAAACGGAAACAAACAACUACAUCACAGCACGUUCAAACAGAUUCCGAGGAGAGCUGCGAUCAGCAAAUUACAGAGACAGAUUUAACCACAACUGCGGGUCCGAGUCACAAAUACUGGGAAAUUUUGGCGGAGAAACGUCGAGUUGCUCUGGAGGAUGCGCUCAAGGAAAAUGAGUCCCUUCACGAUAAAAUAGCUUCCUUGGAGGCUGAAUUGAAAGUCUCACGGGAAAUGCUGGAGGAGACACAGAACCUCGUGACCAUUCUGACGGAAAUGCUCGAUGAGAAGGAUGAUGAGGCACCUGAGGUGGAUGCUAAGCCGGCGGAGGAUGAUGCUGAACAAGCUGGAACAGAGAAGCCGGAAGAGGAGGAAGCAGCUGGGGAGUGAGUACACACAUAUUACCUCUGAUCACCUCUAUUUCCUGCCUAAUUUAUGUAACACGAUUUAUACUGCCGCAAAGGCCCUCAAUAAUAAGCUAUUGUUCAAUUUGA